CCGCCCCGGCCGGCCUUGGGAAGGGAAAAAAAAAAAAAGGCUCCGCGGGAAACUGGGGGAAGAGUUUGCUCACGGCCGGAAGGCGUCUCUCUCUGAGCCGGCGAUGUCCUGCCGGCCGGAGCUUGUAAGCAGCUGACAGCGUCUUCUAGGGAAUCGGGAGAGCCCCCCGAGGCGGGCGGAAGAUCCAAGCGCGCUCCUCUGCCUGCUUUGCCUGCUCUGCCUUCGCUCUCCUCCGCCCGGGAUCUCUCUGUGUGUGUGUGGGGUGUCGCAGCAGCCAUGGGGCUGCCCACGCUGGAGUUCAGCGAUUCCUACUUGGACGGUCCGGAUUUCAGGGAGAGGCUGAAAUGUCACGAGGUGGAGCUGGAGAGGACCAACAAGUUCAUUAAGGAGCUGAUCAAGGACGGCAGCCUCCUCAUCGGGGCGCUCCGGAAUCUCUCAAUGGCAGUGCAAAAAUUUUCCCAGUCCCUUCAAGAUUUUCAGUUUGAAUGCAUUGGAGAUGCUGAAACAGAUGAUGAAAUUAGCAUUGCUCAGUCAUUAAAGGAGUUUGCUCGAUUACUAAUUGCUGUAGAAGAGGAAAGGAAACGCCUGAUCCAGAAUGCAGACGAUGUUUUAAUAGCACCGCUUGAGAAAUUUCGUAAAGAGCAAAUAGGUGCAGCAAAGGAAGGAAAGAAGAAGUUUGACAAAGAAAGUGAAAAGUAUUAUUCCACCCUGGAGAAGCACUUAAAUUUAUCAGCUAAGAAAAAGGAGUCACACCUGCAAGAU